AGUGGCGGAUAGGGACGAGGGCAGGCGGAGCAGAGCUCGCCGGUGGGAGACAUGAGACUUUAGAAGGGCCACUGGGGGCAGCUCGCGAGGACCCUUUCUCACCGGCAGACGUGAGGAACGAUGAACUGGGCUGGCCUGUACACAGUGCUGAGCGGGGUGAACCGCCACUCCACUGCCAUCGGGCGCAUCUGGCUCUCCGUCAUCUUCAUCUUCCGGAUAAUGGUGCUGGUGGUGGCAGCAGAGAGCGUGUGGGGGGAUGAGAAGGCUGCCUUCACCUGCAACACCCAGCAGCCUGGCUGCAACAGUGUCUGCUAUGACCACUUCUUCCCUAUCUCCCAUAUCCGUCUGUGGGCCCUGCAGCUCAUCCUCGUCACCACACCAGCCCUUCUCGUGGCCAUGCACGUAGCCUACCAGCAGCAUCAGGAAAAGAAGCUGCUGGUGCUGACGGGGCAUGCAGAUCCCAAGCACAUGGAGGAGGUGAAGAAGCACAAGAUGCGCAUAUCGGGUUCGCUGUGGUGGACAUACGUCUGCAGUGUGGUCUUCAGGCUGCUCUUUGAGGCCGUGUUUAUGUACAUCUUCUACAUGCUCUACCCGGGCUAUCAGAUGAUGCGUCUGGUCAAGUGUGAGGCUUACCCCUGCCCCAACAUCGUUGACUGCUUCAUCUCCCGGCCCACAGAGAAGACCAUCUUCACUGUCUUCAUGCUGGUCACCUCCAGCAUCUGCAUUGUCCUCAACAUGGCGGAGCUGGUCUACCUGGUGGUGAGGGCCUGUGCCCGCCGAGGCCAGCACAACCCCAACCCAUCAGGGAAGGGCUCCUUCUAUGGGCACAAGCUUUCCUCCGAGUACAAGCAGAACGAGAUCAACCAGCUGUUGACGGAGCAGGAUGGCUCCCUCAAGGACAUGCUGCGGCGCAACUCCGGGCUACAGGAGAAGGGCGAUCGCUGCUCUGCCUGCUAGGGCUAGCAUUGUGCUGGCCCCAGCCCUUGGCCCUGCCCCAAAGCUGCCCCAUGGCCGUGUGCUGUCCCUGCCCCUGAGGAACAGCAUCCUUCAGGUGCCAGUCCAGCCCUUCUGGAUGUCCAGGAGGGCAUCUGGGGCCAUUAAAUCUUGUUUCUCA